UGUCGCGAUCCAUCACGAAGCAGUCAAUCUCCCUUCUGCGUCGCUGUGUCAUGAAACGCUACAGGUGGACGUCGGUCAUCCUACUCCAUCUUUCGCUAUGCGUCAGUGCUGCCAACAAUCCCCCAGCCGACUGGCUCAAGACUAUCUUCUCCGACAUGCGAACGGCGCUCGUUUUUGUGGCUUGUGUAUCGGCUGGCGUGACUGCAAUUUUCGUGUCGCUGCUGUGUCAAAUACGCAUAUCGUACAUUCGAAGAAUAGCACUCGAGGAAGAUUUCAGAGUCCACGAGCAGGUUCCUGAUGAUAUUUCCCCACCAGUACAUCCCAACCCGUUCAAUCCCCCGUCCGAGCAGCCAAACCCGUUCAAUGACCCACCGGAAGGGCCCAACCCGUUCAAUCCUUCGCCAGAACGCCCUAACCCACUCAAUUCCCCGCCAGCGCAGUCCAACCCGUUCAACCCCCCGCUGGAGCAGCCCAACCCGUUCGACAAUAACGCACCUUCGGCAGCGAACUACCCUCCGCGGAGUAACCCAAUUGCGAUUGCGUCGUCUGGGCAACCUAGAAUCAGAUAUCGGUUUCUCAACUCUGAUUCCGACCAGGUAAGCAUACGUAUUUAUACCCCAAAGUGAGGAGGCAAGCUCACCUACCAACUCCCCUCGCAGACAGACAGCGAAUCCAGCCGGGAGGGAAGAAGCUCUCCCUCCACUCAGGGCAGCUCGUCGUCCCGCUCCCGUGGGCGUCCGCGACGCCGGAGGGCCAGGCACAGGGUUCGUUCCUUGAGUGAGAGUGAUGCUUCGCGAAACAGGCAUGAUGCUAGUGAUAGCCGCCGACUGGCUUCAUCGUCUUCGGAUAGUGCUCUUGAUGAAUACCUCUAUAUGAAUUCCAGAGGACGCGGUCCUGACACCCGCCGGGAGCAGGAAAACUCUACAGGAGCUCCUGGCAGACGGCGUGAUGAGUCGGAGUCCCUGUUCUCGACUGAUGAAAGACGACAGCU